AUGAAACGCACAAAUUCCAACAACAAUGGUCACGUCCGCUCAGCUUCGGGACCUAGGCAGUCCCUCGCCAUGUCGAGACCGAGCCAGCCCAUGUUUCAACGCACUUCUUCAGGGACAAAUCUCGCGGAUAUUGGUCUGUCUUCUGUAAAACGAGCUUCAUUUCAGCCCAAAAAUGUUCUCCAAACUCCCGGAAUGACGAGGCAAUCCUCCGAUGCCGAGAGGCGAAGCAGUGUAUACAGACCGAGGCAGUCGACCGUAGGAGGCGUGAAUAAUCACCAAGGCUUCUUCCAGACAAUGCUGCAGCCCGCGGGUGUACCAAAGGACCCUCGUCCUUUGAAGGACAGAUCGUUUCAAAUGAAGAUGGGCCAGGAGUUGAUGGAGUAUAUGGCGCAAAACGAUUUCGAAAUGCAGAUGAGCCACACCUUGUCACCGAACGUUAUGAAGUCUCCGACACAAAAGGAUUUCAAUUACAUGUUUCAGUGGCUAUAUCAUCGUAUCGAUCCCGGCCACAGAUUUCUGAAAAAUAUUGACCAGGAAGUUCCACCCAUCUUGAAACAACUGAGAUAUCCAUUCGAAAGGAGCAUCACGAAAAGUCAGCUGGCUGCUGUUGGUGGCCAAAACUGGAGCACGUUUCUGGGACUUCUAUAUUGGAUGAUGCAAUUAGUGCAAAUGCUAGAGGGCUAUGUUGCCAACAAGUACACAGAUGCGUGUAUGGCUGCUGGUGUGGAUGUUAGUGGUGACCACAUCAUCUUUGACUUUUUGAGCACAGCAUACAAGGAUUGGCUCGCUAUGGACGAGGACAUGGGCGAUGAUGAUGCUGAGCGGGUUCUCGCACCACAUAUCGAGGGUAUGGCAAGAGCUUUCGAGGACUCAAACGCCAAGUACGUUUCUGAACUUGAGAUGCUUGAGGCUGAGAAUGCGAGACUACAAAAGGAAAUCGAAGACUUGGAAAAAGCAACGCCAGACCCCGCUGUGCUAGAUGACCACUUCAAAAUCAUGGAGGAGGACAAAGUCAAAUUUGAAGAGUACAACAACCUAGCGCUUCAACGAUCCGAAAAGUACGAGCACCGUAUCCAAGUGCUACAAGAAGAACUGGAAAAACUGGCGGAUGAACUAAAAGAAGCCGAAGCGGAGCGAAGGAGCCUUCAAAAAGCAGUUGAUGCACAGGGUAUUAGUAUGCAGGAUAUCGACCGCAUGAACUCUGAGCGAGAACGUUUGCAGAAAGGCAUUGAAUCUGCCAGCCAGAGACUUGAUGAAAUAAAGAAGAAGGUCUCGGAGAAGGAGUCUGAAGCAGGCCACAAGCUCGAAGAACUUGAGCGUAUGGUGGACAAGUACAACACUGUCGCCUACCAGAUUGCUGUGAUUCCCGCAACGGCUGCAAAUGCUCGAGGCAGAGAUUAUGAACUGCAACUUAUCAUCAGCGAUAGCUCCGAUUUCACGUCAACCAACAUAAACGCCUUCGGUAAUACGUCACAAUCGCCUGAACGUCUAUUAGUCGAUGCAACAACAGGAUACCAACCAGGGCACAUUCUCAACCUCGAUUUGCGAGGGCAGAUCCGAAGCAACUUCCUUGUGCUACGAAAAGAGAUUUCUGAACGACGUAGUGCCGCCAUGGACGACAUGAUGAAGGAUCAUGAUUUGCUGGAUGGUAUUAAGGAGGCCAUUGAAGACAAGCGCAACGAAGUUGAAGCACUGGAACAUCGGGUACGGGCUGCUGAAGAAGAGUAUGAAAAGACAAAAGAGGUUACGACGGCCCAGAAAAUAGGUUCUGAUGUGCAAAUCGAGAAGAUGGAGAAGGAAUUGUCCAGAAUGCGAGCUGGACUGUCUGAAUCUGUGCAGCUCUUGGAGCAACGUGAAAUUAACACAACGAUUGAGUAUGAGCAAUUGGUUUUGAGAGCCAGCUCUCUGCGCGAGGAGCUACAUACGGAAAUCGAUCGCAUGCUCAACGAUGUCAUCAAGUUCAAGAUACACAUCCAGAAAAACUUGGACGACUAUGAAGGAUUUGUGGCAGAUGAGCUUGAGAAGGAACUAGGCGUCGACGAUGGGAAAGAUGAUACCCGAGCCCUCGAACUGUAA